AUGGAUGAGAAGACAUCUUACAAGUUCAGCAAUGGUACUGUUGAAUGUGCUGAUGUACAGAAUCUGCAUACUGUUCUGGAUGACCCACAGGUGUUCUAUCUCCUGGACAACAUGAAACCUGCAAUACCAUGUCAUGCCUGCAAAGUUGUCAUGUUUUCUCCAAAUAGAGAACACUGCAAGGAUUAUAAAAAGGGAAGGACAGUUGACACGAGGAUAAUACCUGUGUGGGAGUUAGAGGAAUUAGAAACCUUGCAUCAUGAUCUUUAUCCUGAAAUAGAUGCUGUCAAGAUGAAAAAUUUGUAUGCACUAUGGGGUGGAAUCCCUUGGUAUGUUGUAGAAAAGGUAAAAAUAAAAAGCUCUCAGAAACUGCUUGAAGAGGCCAUGUACAUGGCAACAGCUAAUUUUGAUAAACUAUGUUUUGAGAAGGUCAAGUCAUUUCUGAUUGGGAGUGAAGGACAAUCA